AUGGUUGUUUACACAAGUGCCGACUCUGCCGGUGUUGCUACAUCUGUCGCUAAAUACAUUGUCAAUGCUCAAUUGAAUGCUCUCAAGACCAAGAAGACCUUCACAAUUGCUGUGUCUGGUGGAUCAAUGGGCAAGGUUUUGAAGGCAGGCUUGAUUGACAGCCCCGAGAUUGCUUCGCAAGUCCAGUGGGAUAAGUGGAAUGUUUACCUCUCAGAUGAACGUCUUGUCCCAUUGGAUCACGAGGAUUCUAACUACGGUCUCUUCAUUUCCCUGGUCGUUGACCACUUGAAGGACGCUAAGCCCUCUGUGCACCCAAUUGAUGUUAGUCUUCUCACUGGUGAAAAUGGCCAAGUCGACGGUUCUGAUGCUGCAAAGGAUGAGUCAAUUGCUGAGGCAUACGCCAAAGUCCUUCCCUCUGAUGGUGUGUUCGACUUGAUUCUUUUGGGUUGCGGUCCAGAUGGUCACACGUGUUCCUUGUUCCCCGGCCAUGCCUUGUUGGAGGAGAAAAGCAGAUCCGUUGCCUCGAUCAGAGACUCUCCAAAGCCUCCUCCAAGAAGAAUCACCUUCACUCUUCCUCUCUUGGCCAAGGCUGAGGCCAUUGCCUUCAUUGCUGAGGGUGCCGGCAAGGCUCCAGUAUUAGAAGAAAUCUUCAACGAUCCUUCUUCAAAAUUGCCAUGCAAGAUUGUGACUGACCUCGAUUUGCCAGUCUCAUGGUUUGUCAACGACGCUGCUCUUCAGGGCACCAACGUGAUCUCCUCCAAAUACUAG